AUGGAGAUUUUUAAGAAACUGGAAAUAACUAUACCAUUUUCUGAAGCACUUCAGCAAAUGCUAUCAUAUGCUAAAUUUCUAAAGGAACUUCUCAUGAAAAAAAGGAAGUAUGUUGAGAAGGAAACUAUUGAAGCGCAAGGAAAUUGUAGUGCAGUCAUACAAAGGAAAUUACCUCCUAAGCUGCAAGAUCCAGGGAGUUUCACCAUUCCAUGCACCAUUGGAGAGUUAGAAGUGGGCAAAGCUCUGAUUGAUCUGGGAGGAAGCAUUAAUCUAAUGUCUCUUUCUAUGUUCAAAAAGAUUAGAGGAUUAGAACUAAAGCCAACAAGGAUGACUCUUCAAUUAACAGAUAAAUCUCUUAAAUACCCAUAUGGAGUGGCUGAAGAUGUGAUAGUUAAGGUUGAUAAAUUUUUAUUCCCGGUAGAUUUCGUUGUUAUGGAAAUGAAAGAGAAUGGAGAUGGACCUUUGAUUCUUGGUAGACCUUUCAUGAAGACAGCUAGGAUUUUAAUUGAUGUGGAGAAUGGUAAGCUGAAGGUCAGAGUACAGGAUGAAGAGGUAAAUUUUGAUGUCUUCCAAGCAAUGUCAUAUCCCAGAGAUAAAAACUCAUGCUUCCAAAUAGACAUUGUGGAAGAACUUUGUAUGCUGCAAGAUAAGAGAAUACGAAUUGCAUCUGCAUUGGAAAGGUCUCUCAUUAAUGAAUGGGAAGAUUUGCAUGAAGAAGAAGAUACAAUGAUUGAAGAAUGUGUCCGUUAA